CAUCAUUCCAUCGUCCAAAUUCUAUAUACUCCUUCGUGCCGAAGGAUUUGGAAAUAUUUCUUCAAAUCAUUACCAUCACAACAAUCUGCUUCGAUACUCCGCGCAGCCUCCGCAUUCGCCUCAGUGUAAAGGGAGGAGUAAUCACUCUGAAGAUCGGAUCAGUCAGUUGCCGGAUGAAAUUCUUAUUUGCAUCCUCUCUUGCUUGCCUAUGAAAGAGGCGGCAAGAACUAGUGUAGUCUCAAGUAGAUGGAAAGAGUUGUGGACAUAUACAACCGGUACUUUGGAUUUUGAGGCUUUGAAGUUAUUGUGGAAAGUUCGAAGGAAAGGAAAUUGGAAACUAUUAGGGGUGGAGAGGGCUAACUAUAUAAGUUGGGUGAAUCGGGUCUUGAACUCACACAAGGGUGCAACCCUGGCUGAAUUCAGAAUUCACUUUGAUUUGGAUUCUAGUUCUACAUCUGAUAUUGAUAAUUGGGUUCACUUUGCAAUGGAGAAGAGAGUUCAAAGGCUUGAGUUGAAUCUUAAACGAUUACUUAGUAAUUUGCUGGAAGGGCAUUACAAUUUAUCAUCUAUGCGGUCACUGGAUUUUUCGAGACUUGAAUCACUAACUGCAAUCCGUUUCACAUAUGUGGAUGUAACUGCAGAAUGCCUUGAAUGUUUUUUAUCAAGCUGUCCAUUUCUUGAAGAAGUAUCUGUUGAUAACUCGGCUUGUCUAGUCAAUCUUAAAGUUUAUGGUCAAUCGCUCAAGCAUUUGAAAAGAGCGUACUGUUGGUUUUUGGAAGACAUUGAGAUUUCUGCAAAAAGUCUGGUGUCACUUGAAUAUUUUGGUCACCAAAUAAACUUGUGUUUCAAGAGUGCAUGCCAUCUUUCUAAACUAUACCUGGGGGGUCAGUUUUGCAAAUUUAUGAAAUUUUCCCUGUUUUCAAGCUAUAUUUCUCAGCUGCAGACACUUGUAUUGGAUUUGGAUUACGAGGUGGUUUCAAACUUUAUCACGAGCUUCCUUCCUUGCAUUUCCCUCAUAGAGGCAGCUCCUUGUUUGUAUAGAUUUUGUCUUGAGGUUUUUUAUGGGAAUAUUGAUUGUCCUGGCCGCUACCUUUUGCAAGGGAAGGUGGUACAAGGAAGGGCUGAGAAACGUCUGCUCAAAUGUCCCAAGGUGGUAGAAUUGGCUGGAUUUACUGGCUGCGAGGUUGAUGUUGAGCUCGCCAUGUACUUAUUUGAGAAUUUUGUCUCACUAGAGAAGAUAAAUAUUGAUACACGCCCACCGUAUUUGAUAGGAGCUGAAAAUGAGAAUGUGGAAGAUGAGAAUCGACUAGCGGCGAAAAUGUGUGCUAUGGGACUGCAAUCAAAAUUACCUCGAGGGGUUGAACUAAUGAUAAUAUGAAGAUUUUGUGGAGGGCUGCCCAUGUAACAUUAGAUGGCAAUUUGUGCUUUGUAAUAUUUAAUUAAAGAUGUAAUGCUACAAUGUCUGGGUUUAAAAUAGAGGACAGGCCCCUCUUUUAACUGUUGUGAUUUUGUAUGGUGGAAAAAUGAUGAGAAGUUGUUAUAACUUGUAUAUCAUGUGAAAUAAAGUAUUUGCAAAAUCAUUUUUCAUUUAAA